GUCCACUUGCGUCGAAUUACCGUACAAAACGACGGCUGGUCAAGAGCUGAUGGCCGACCCGGAGCGAGCGCAGUUGCUGCCAAAGGGCGGUGGCCAUGACAAUGAGCUCGACGAGAAGCGCCUAGCCUUUCGACUGUUCACAGCAAUGGGUUUUGCCUACCUCUUUUCGUACUUUGCGCUGCUUCAGCCCGUCGACUACUGGACACUCCUCUUUCCCUCGUUCAACGCCGAGUUUGAAAUCGCGUGGGUGUACAACGUCGCGAGUGUGUCGACAUUGGUCAUGUUGCUCUGGCAGGGUGGAUCGCCGUCGUACAACUGGCGCAUCGUCGGCGGAUUUGCGACAAUCCUGACGGUCAUGGUCGCGUUGCCAGUCUCACACUUCGUCUUGUCCACGACCAAACAGCACCUUGCAAUGGUCCUCGGCAGCACGGCCAUCAUCUCCGUGUCCAUCUCGACCGUUGACAGCACCGUCCUGUCGCUGGCGUCGCUGUUUCCAGUCGGAGCCAUGGAGGCCACGCAAGUCGGCAUGGGAUGGGCGCUGUUUGUGUCGGCGCUCUACCGCGUCGCGACCAAAAUGUUCCUGUACACGGCAAACUCGGUCGUGCCCGCCACGAUGCUUUACUUUGGGGUAACAGUGGCGACGGUCGCCGGUGGCUUUCUCGCAUUUCUCAAGCUGCGCCAGCUGUCGAUCACCCAGCGAUACGUCGACCAGGCGCGAGCGACGCAAGUCGUGGAUUUGUCCAUGUGGUCGAAGCUGUGGUUCAACGAGUGCAUGGUGGCCUUGUCGUUUGGCAUCACGUACGCGCUGUAUCCUGGCGUGCUGACGUCGAUCCCGAGCUACAACUUUCCAGCGCUCAACGCGUCGGGGUGGUGGCCCCUUGUCCUCAUGACGACAUUUGCGGGGUGCGAGGCCCUCGGGCGGUCAUGUGUCCGGUGGCGCUUGGCAACGCAUCAAACGAUCUGGAAGCUCGUGCUGCCCCGUUUGAUGUUGAUCCCGGUCGUCACGUGCGCGGCCAAAGGCUUCGUCGCCCACGACGUCAUUUCCGUCGCGAGCGCAAUGAUCCUUGGCUGGUCCAACGGGUACGUUGGAACGCUAGCCGUCGUGGUCACAAACGACUGCGUCGACGCGCAUGAGCAGAGCGUGACUGGGAUGUUUGCCAGCUUGGGCAUCAACGUUGGGAUUCUGGCUGGGGCGACCGUGAGUUUGGUGGCAUCCAAGAUCGUCGGCCUGUAGUCGCAUCUUGUCCAACGUUUUAUGGCAAGACAUCGCACUUUUAAAAUUUUGAUCUGAACAAACGAGCUCCGUCCAGUCGGGGGUGCUACUACCCCCCAUGACGCCACGGCGAUGCAGUUGCCGGCAUGACUGUCCAUGGCGUGCUUAUCCCUAGAUAGAAUGCAUUCGCUUGGUGAAUGCUGUCUUGAAAAGUCGACGCGGCAUGACUGCAGCAGAGUACAUUGUAGCGAGCACUUUUCACCGUGCCUUGGUCCACACCUGUCUAGCGCUUCGAGAACUGCUGAAUUCACUCAAACGUCGGACGUUUACAG